AUGUUACGUUGGCAACGCAUCUUAUUAUGCUCAUUUAUUUUAUGCUUUAAAUUUUCAUCUAUAAGAUCAUCUAUUCCAUCAAAUAAAUUCAAUAUAACUUUACUGACACCAGGCAAUUCAGCAUUACCAACUGUAACACCACAUAAAUCAGUACAUAUUAAAUAUAAAUUGCCCAAGGAUGAAGAUCAAUGGACAAUUGUUGAAAUUGAACCAUCAAUUCAAACACAUCGAAAAACAAUUCAAUACUUGACUGUUCAUCUUUGUAAAACAUCUAUUCAUCCUUCGAUUUCGUAUGAUGAGAAAACGGUAUGUAAUGGUAGUGAAUCAAUGUUGAUCUAUGAAUGGACUUCAUAUUCAUCAUCAUCUCUUUUUCGUAUAUCUGAUGGUUCUGGUUUUGAUUUACGAAAAUUUAAAUCCAUUGUACUUACAGUUAUGUAUAGAAAAGAAAAAAAAACACAUAAAGAACAAUCAGGUGUUAUACUGUACAUAUCAAUUCAAUCGUAA